UAAAACCAUAUGCACUUUACAAAAGCAAAAUGAACUAAACCAACCAUGAGAGCUAUCAAAGGCUAUGUGGCUUUAUUCCUGCUAUUAAUAUUGGGCAUGGGUGAAGCUUGUCUUGGAAUAAAAAUUGGGGAAAGAUACAAUGUGUACAUUAUCAACGACUUGAACCAAGACGUGUUGAAUGUUCAUUGCAAAUCCAAAGAUGACGAUCUGGGUGCCCAUAAAUUACAAGUUAAAGAGAAAUUCCACUUCACUUUUCGAGUGAAUUUAUGGGGAACGACACUGUUUUGGUGCAAUUUCAACUGGGGUAAUAAUAUCAACCAUGGAGGUGGUUACCGCAUCUUUUGGUACAAGGAUGAUCUUCUUCGUAAAUGUGGUUACAAAGAAAAAGAGUGCACCUGGUCAGCAAGAAACAGUGGUAUAUACUUGAAGAAUGUCCCUGAAAACCAGUUUCAAAUAUUUUAUGAAUGGCAAUGGUAAUUAAUGGCUUGAAUCUAGUUAAAAACAGCCCUACCCAAUUUCUCCAUUGUUAUUCAUUGGGUUAGUAUUUGAUAAAAUGCUUUAGCUAUAUAUAUAUAUAUUCAGAGAUCUCUCCCACUGAAUAUUCAGAGAUUUGAUGAUCCAACCUUAAAAUUUGAGGGCAUUACUUCUUCAUAAUAUAUGUGGAGUGUCAUAUGUUAAA